ACCGAGCUAAGAUAGAAAAACAGCAAUUUAUCUUGAAGGCGGGAAAAGGAAUCGGAAAAAAAUUUAAUGCAGAUGACUCCACCCUCCAAAAAUUCUAGGGCAAAAUUUCCCAAAUCUGCCGAAUAUUAGUAAUUUAAAACUGCUGCCGCUGCUCAUUUCAAAACCAUCAGAAAUCCUCCAACCUUUGCGCCGGCAAGUUCAGAUUUUAGGAGGAGGAAAACCUAAUUGAGUAAUAUUCCCGUUGUUGGUGUUCAGAAUUGCUAGACGGAAAUGGCGGUUGAAGCAUCCCUAGGUAGUUCAGUGGCGUCUCCGUCGGCAGAGAAAUUGACCGGAAAACCGGCUGUCGGUAGCCAAGUUAGUGGUGACGGGGUACACUGCCAUCAGUGUCGUCAAAAAGCCAGGGUUCCAGUAGCAGCAUGCAAGAAUCACAUGAAGAAGAAACCGUGUUUAGUAAAGAUAUGUAGCAGAUGCCUAUGGAACAGGUACAAGGAAAAGGUGGAGGAAGUAGCUAGUUUGGAGGGAUGGAAGUGCCCGAAAUGCAGGGGCAUUUGCAAUUGCAGUGUGUGCAUGAAGAGAAGGGGCCAUCAACCCACCGGUCCAGCAAAAGCGACUGGAUUCUCUUCCGUCACUGAGAUGCUAACUGCUGAGGAUUCAGAUAAUGGGAAGGAUGUAUUAUCUGCUAGAAAGAAAGGGAAGGAAAGGUUGAAUGCAGAUGAUAAUACCUCUUCAAAGAGAAUGAAACAUUCUAAAUUGGCUGAAACCAGCCAGACUAUUCCUAAAGAAAUUGUGCUGCCUGUGGGAACAGACUUGACCAGUGUGGCUGGAAUUGAUGUACCUGCAGAAGAUGUUGGCAAUGCUUUGGAGUUUCUCGAAUUCUGUUAUGUUUUUGGAGAGAUCCUAAAAUUGAAAGAUGGGGAAGCAUUAUGUGUCCUCCGAAAUAUAGUAUUUCAUAGGCUAACUGCAAAGCGAGGAAGAUCAUGUCCGGUUGUCAUGUUUCAUGUACACCUGCUGUCAAUAAUUAAAGAGGAAGAGGGAGAGAAAUUUCCAAAGCCGCAUCCGCGCGAGUGGUUCAGUGUGCUGAAGAAAUGCUUGGCUGAAUCUGAACGUGUUCUUAAAGUGUUGGGGAUGAGUUAUUUAGAGAAGGCUGCUGACUAUGAUGCUUUAAAUGCUUCACAAAUGCUUAGGGUCGUAAAUCUGCUAUGCAUUCAUGUUCUUGGCACGAAAAAGCUAAGAAAUUGGAUAGAACACCAAAAAACACAAUUUGACCAGAAAGCAAAGGAAGCUAAACUUAAGGUUUUUGAAGCAAGAGGCGAGAUAAAGAUUUUGAAGCAGAAAAUAAAAGAGGACACUGCCAAAGCUAUUGAUGCUAGGGAUAGGGAGCAGGAAGUAAUUGUUUCUCUUAAUAGAUCUGCUGCAGAGCAAGCUCAUGGAAAGCUGAUUGAGUCAGAGGCAAUGCUUUUGAAAAUUGAUCAGACAGCUGAUGCUAUAAGAGUAGAGCCCAUCUUCACGGACUGCAGUGGUCAUAUGUAUUGGAAAUUGAAAUGUGCUGAUGAAUCUGAUGUACUGCAUCAAGAUGUUGGGAAAGGGGAUACUCUUACCUUACAAGAAAAAUGGUUUGCUCUCAGUGUUGAAGAAAGAAAAGAAAUUGUGAAGAAUAUUACUACAAGGUAUUCUCCAAUUACUGUAGUUGGCAUUUUGAAAUAAUCACAACUGAGGUCUGAGGGUGAUAAGGAUUGGCAUUGAUGUGACAGCAGCUAUUGGGAGUUGAAGAGGAUAAAGUCGACUUUGUUUGUGGUCUUUUCUUUAGUUCUUUGUGUUUUAGUUGGAUUCUUGGAGGCAUGCUUAUCUCUAGUACUUUGUUUUGAUAGGAGUCUUUAGUUUUCAUAACUUUAGUAGUAUUUGAUUUUGUUAGGAGUCCUAUUUACUCCCUCGAGGUUUGACAGGGAAGAGUGGUCUGGAAAAUAUAUUCUGUAGUAGCA